AAUUCCGCCUCGAAAGCGUUUCAUAUUCGAAACUAAAGGGGUUUUCACAAUUCUAUUGCUUGUUUUGUUGCAACAAGUGGUUGCCAUUCGAGGGCGUAGUGAACUCCCGGAUUGUGAACAUAUGGCGGCUGUGCAGGAUAUGCAGGAUAUGAAUAUGGAGACUGCGUUGAACGUCUUUUUUGACAACAAAUAUUCUGGAAUUGUUGCAAAUACAUUUGAUGGUUCCAAAACAUUUCCAGCUUCAAGCAAUGAUAAACGUCGCGCCUACUCGUCCUGGGUCCCUGCCUAUCGGAAGGGUUGCAUUCGACGGAAUGGGGCCUGUGACAAUCGCCCCGGCGAUUGUUGCUUCAGCAGCUCCUGUCGCUGCAAUUUGUGGGGCAGCAAUUGUCGAUGCCAGCGCAUGGGACUCUUUCAGAAGUGGGGUUAAACCGACAAUCGAUAAGUCGACAAUCGAUAAAUCGGAAUCAAAGAAUCGAAUGGAAUGAGCAGCUAUGCAUAGAUAGGUCCAUGCAUUAAAUACAAUUCAAUACUAUAUUAGUU